GGUUUGGAGGAUUCUUCAACGAUGGAAUCUCGUUCCUUCGCCACCGGAUAUCGCAAAAUUCAUCGGGUGCCGUGAUUGUAACCUCCUUUUUGAACGUCCCUUGAAGGGCAGGACCCGUACAAUAGCUUCGAUUUGCCUUUUGAGAGAGCUGCUGGUUCAGUUCAUGAUAAUAGAUGUCUUACAAGAGAGAAUUAGAGAUUUGGGUGGAGGGGUGUGUAGCGUAUGACAAGCAAGACUACGAUGGUGCGAUAGCAAAGUUCGAGCAAAUCUCGGAGUCGUCUCGUAUCCUCUUCAAUAUCGGUAUCAUCCAUGCCACUCGCGGCGAACAUGCCAAAGCCGUCGUCGCAUUCGAGAAGGCCGUCAGUUAUGACAUGUACCUCGCCGUCGCCUACUUCCAAGCCGGUGUAUCCAAUUUUCUCAGGAUGGAAUACCGCCAAGCCUGCGAGGACUUCAACGCAGCACUACUCUACCUCCGCGGGAACAACAUCAUCGAUUACGACCAACUCGGGCUAAAGUUCAAGCUGUACUCGUGCGAAGUCCUCUUUAAUCGUGGAUUGAGCUAUAUUUAUUCGGGAGAUGAGGCGGAGGGGAUGCAAGACCUCAUGAAUGCGGUGAAGGAGAAGCAGACUCAGGAACACGACGUUAUUGACGAAGCAAUCGCAGAGAGAGUGAAGGGGUUUACCGUCUUCUCGAUUCCGGUCGGCGUGGUAUACCGCCCAAACGAGAAGAAGGUGAAGAAUGCGGGUACGAAGGAUUACAUUGGGAAAGCAAAGCUAGUUGCGGCGACGGACGCGAAGGAUGCAUAUACCGGCUUCUCAGGCGCCGAGUUGAUGCGCACUCCGGAGAAGGACAACGACGAUCGCGAAAGUGGAGGGGGCAGCGGAUCCGGAAGCGGAGGCAGGUCCUUCGCCGCAUCAAACCUCGUCAAACCCCCAGGCCGGUCCUUAUCAAUGUUAUCCAAAUCAAUCCAAAAGGAAUCCAUGCCUGAACGUUCCGCAUCCGUCCGUGGUCGCGGCGGCGGAUUUCCCACGCGUCCAAUCCAGCCCCUGACGCCGCCUAUGUCGGAUUAUAAUGGGUCACCACAACCCGCUCGCGAUCGUGGACGCCCUUCGUCAGAUUUGGAUUCAGAACUUUCGAGUGCUUUGUCGGCUUUGGGUAGUGAUUUUGGACCUCCGCUGAGUAAACCGCCGAAAAGUAAGCCGCCGCAUCCGCCGCGUGGGGAUGAGGGGGUUGAUGAAGUCCCGCCGCUUCGGUCUCAGACGCGUACGGUUUCGUCGAGGGAUCCCUCACGCGCGGCGUCUCGCUCGAGGUCAGGGAGUGAAAGUGUUACGCCAUCGAGGUCUCGUGCAACGAGUGAAAGCAGGCGAGAGCGAGCACGAAGUCGUCGUGCGCCUUCACCGGAACCUUUGGAUGAUGUGUACAAUGACUACUUUGAUGGGCGUGAGCGUGUUAGGCCUAGUACUACAUCCCGGUCUGCUUCAUCCCGGACCGUGGCUACGGUCAGGGGUCGCGAACGUAUGAGGAGUACGAGUCGUUCGCAAAGGCCGCCUCCGAGUCGGAAGAAUACGUAUGAGCGUGUGAGUUUUGAGGAUGACGACGAGGAUUAUUUUGAGGGUCCUGAUGCAUACGUGGAUGAGGAUCAGCUCUUCGAGCCUGUUACGUCGAGGCGUGCUGAAGUCGUUAUACGCAAAGUGAAGUUAAGGGUGCGGUUGGACGAUGUUCGUGUAAUCACCAUUCGCCCGGAUGUUUCUUUUAGAGAGCUUGAGAAUUCUGUACGGAAGAAGUUCGAGCUGGCUAGCGCGCCGAAAAUGAAAUUCCGUGAUGAAGAUGGCGAGUUCAUUAGGCUUGGAGAUGAAGAUGAUUUGGAAGAGGCUUUGAGUCAGGCGAAGAAGGAGGCAAUGAAGGAUCAGAACGUUGAUGUUACUGCAAAGCUGGAUAUCUACCUUGACAAGGACUGA